AUGCUCUCUAUAGAUGAGUUUAUAAAUGAUGACAUAUCGUCCACUUCUCCGGUCUAUGAGGAACGCAAGGUUGUGAGCACCUCUGUCUUGUCUUCUAAACAAGCUGCGCUGCGUGAAUCUCAUGAGGCAGAAGAAAUGGACAAAGUCUCCACCAUUCGUUCUGUCGUUAGAACUGCCCCGACUAAACAACGUUCAAAGGUUGAUCGAGCUGCUGCCAAGCGCCUGCAGCCAUUUGGACGUCUACUCCAAAAAGCUGUCAUUGAAGCGAGAAACGAGGUGCAAAAGCACACAUCAACGAGUGUAUCCUCUGGUUAUGGUUCGCUGACAGAGGUAUCUUCUACUAGGCAGGCAGCAGAUAGCACACAGUUUUACGUCACACUUCCAGGUAGCAGGAAGAAAGAAUCUACUCGCACAUUGUCUGUUCCUGAUAGCUCUGUCGAGGUGAAGUGGUCUCCCGAGAGACGUAUUGGAUCUGAUGUAAAGUCCCGUCUUGGAUCUCGCCGUAUGUUCCCGUAUAGCCGACCAUCAAAGUGCAGCGCCAAAGACAGACUCGGACCAAUAGUCCAGCCGCAAAUGUCACAGGUUGCUCCAGUCCUCACCGAUGAUGAUGACGUGAUUUACGAUACUUUCGGUGAUCAAGAAGAUAUGGUCGAACUGAUCGAGGGUGAUCUGGAGCUCUCAGGUUCUUAUCCACACCAACAGGAUGAAUCCUCGCGUGUCGUAGAAGCAGGCACCACCUGGCCAUCCAAACUCCGACUGGCUGAUCGGCUGAACCAGAAACAAUUGGUUGUUACCCUUAACGAAACGGAUGAGGAUGAUGAUAUAGCACCAUUAAGUUCAGAAAAACUUGUUUCAAGCAAACAGAAGUCCAAGACCUCCCGGGUCUCUACCUCCACUGAUAACCAGGUAGAACAGGUUCAUAUACCUAGUCACUUGGAGCGGUGCAAGUACUGGCCGAAAUGCCGCAAUGGAGAGCAGUGUCCGUACAUUCAUCCAUCUGAGCCUUGUCCUACGUUCCCUCGCUGCCGUUUGGCGUCUUCCUGUACCUACAUCCAUCCAACUUGUCGGUUUGAUGCAUCGUGUACGCGUUUGAACUGCCCGUUCCAACACACAACCAGGCGUGCAAUCGAAAAGCAACAAUCCAUUUCAGCUGUACCGUCUGUCAAUCCUAGCCAGGUCGUUUGUCGUUUCCAGAAUCGUUGCACGAAUGCUAUAUGUCCUUUCUACCAUCCACCUGCACCAUCCUUCCCUCGCCUUCUGGCCGUGCGCCCGACCAUCGUCUCCUCCACCGCAGUAUCCACCAGUCCAGUCCCGUGUCGUUAUGGUUCUGCCUGUAUGAACCGUUCCACAUGUCCCUUCCUUCAUGCGGAUGUAACUAGGUCGGACAAAUUCAACUUGAACUCAUCAAUCUUCAUUAUUGUCGGACAUGUGACUGGAAUAUUCAAGGCUGAUACGCACUUCUUCUCAGUUGAUUCACAGCUCCCUGAACUCAAUUGUCUUUGACCGUUAUCUGCCGUUAACUAUUUAAUGGACGGUUUUAUGCUGAAGUUCUCGUACUCACUUGGAUCACCGAAGGAUGCAUAAGUUCAACGAUUCGUUGAUGUCAGGUAGUUUCUCAAUACAGUAUCGCG